AUGGCGAGCGCGACCACCAGCAAUAAUACUUCCCAAAUCCUCCCAACGAUAAACCUCCUCUGCAUGCUCCCCGAACCCAAAACCGCCUUCCUCCAAGCCGUAGACAAGCACUUCCCCACCCUCCGCCACCACACCACCAUUGAAAUCCACGAAAGCAGCCUCAAAGCCCUCCCCCAAGAAACAACCUUCGACGCCGUGGUCUCCCCAGCAAACAGCUACGCCCGCCUGGACGGCGCCUUCGACGACGCCCUAGCCCGCGCCUACGGUCCCAAGGACGAUUACUCCUGGAUAACUCGCCAAGCACAGGAAGUUGUCUACGAGAAAUGGAAGGGUUUCGCGCCACCGGGGACCUGCACGAUUGUAGACUUGACCACUGGAUCCGACGGGAUCCCACGGAACCAACAGCCCUGGAAGACGCGAUAUCUACUCCUCUGCCCCACGAUGCGGAUCCCGCAGCCCGUGAGCUGGGAUCGAGAGGUCUGCUACGAGUGUAUCUGGUCUCUACUAAACGCAAUCUUCAAUCAUAACCGGGACGCCCAAAACAACAACAACAACGAAGAGGAGAAGAUUAAAACCACCGGGGCGGGUGCCGUGAGUAAUAAGCGCUGGGCGGAGCAGACUGUGCUCGCGAUGAGGCAUUUUGUGGAGAGUGUGCAGGAUCCGGAGACGUGGAGUCGAUUGCAAUGGCGCAAGGCGCUGGAGGAUUUUCGGGAGAUGGAGGGGACGUAUAGUAAAGGCAGUGCUUCGACGAGUGGAUGA